UAUCGAUGAACCUUAUCCAACCUCUAUCAGUUAAUGGAUCCAUUAAGCUUUGGUUCAUUGCUAAAAAAUCAGGAAAUGGACAAAUGUUCAAGCUUAAUAUAUGAAUAAUGUAAUUUUGUAUCCUGGGAAUAUCAAGAUAUAGGUAGCAUAGCUUAAGAACAAAGUAAUGUCAUUUUUGGUCAUCUGAUAAAUCUAUAGAUAGUGGUCUUGGGUUGCAAAACUGUAAUCAAGAGAGCACAUCUAGGCAUGAUUCCACGGUCUGGUUUACAUUUCGACCAUAUAACUAUCAGAUAAUUAAUUUCCAAUCGGAAUGCUCAUAGGUUCUAGAUCCUCGAGUCAAGUUAAAUUAUUUAGUCAACGGAAGUAGCUUCUCGAGCAAGAUCUCCUUCUUCAAUGGCAAAGGAGCCAGUUGCUGGAUUUAGCUUCCGCCGUCUUUGCUCCAUUGUCUCGGUGCUGUGUGCAUGGUCCUCCAUCUCAUUCAUUUACUGGUGCCAUCGUUAUGGUCCCUGCUAUUCUCUGUACCAAAAAAUGGAGCAGAAGCAAAGCCAGAUCAGUGAACUUCUUUCAUUCCCUUCUGCCUGGAAUCAGCUCGCUUUUUCCUCAAAUCCGCCCCCAAAACUCCUCAAAAUUGCUCUAUUCGUCAAGAAAUGGCCCCAUAGAUCUCAAGCAGGUGGGCUUGAACGCCAUGCUUUGACCCUCCACCUUGCACUUGCCAAAAGAGGUCAUGAACUUCACAUCUUCACCACUUCUCCUUCAAAUUCCUCCUUCCCAAGGUACCCAUUGAACAAUUUAUGCUUUCACCUCUCAAAACCAACAGCUUCUGGGUAUCUGGACCAAGCUCUAGUUUGGAAGCUAUUUCAAACUCAAAACUCAACUGGAAGACCUUUUGAUGUGAUACACACAGAAAGUGUCGGUCUCUUGCAUACUCGAUCACGCAAUCAGACAAAUCUAGCUGUUACUUGGCAUGGGAUUGCAUAUGAAACUAUCCAUUCUGACAUCAUACAAGAACUUCUUCGGAGCCCUGAAGAACCACAGGGGUAUGCAUUGGCUGAAAGAGUUACCAAGGUUGUAGAAGAGGUGAGGUUCUUCCCCAGUUACGCUCACCAUGUUGCUACCAGUGACCAUGUGGGCGAUGUACUUAAGAGGAUUUACAUGAUCCCAGAUGAACGUGUACAUGUUAUUCUUAAUGGUGUUGAUGAGGAGGUUUUCAAGCCAGACAUUGUCAAAGGGAAGGAUUUCAAGAAAAAGUUUGGGGUGCCUGAAUCCAAGACGUUGGUUUUAGGAAUGGCUGGGAGGUUGGUGAAGGAUAAAGGACAUCCGCUGAUGUUUGAGGCUUUGAAACAAAUGCUCAGUGAAAAUGAAGCAUUCAGGCAGAGUGUUGUCGUUCUAGUUGCUGGCAAUGGUCCUUGGGGAGCUAGGUACAGAGAUCUUGGAUCUAAUGUACUUGUUUUAGGGCCACUAGAACAAGCUCAGCUUGCUGACUUCUACAAUGCAAUAGAUAUAUUCGUGAACCCAACCCUUCGUGCUCAGGGAUUGGAUCAUACUUUGUUGGAAGCAAUGCUGUCUGGUAAGCCAGUAAUGGCAACAAGACUUGCAAGCAUUACAGGCUCUGUGGUUGUUGGAAGAGAAGUCGGUUAUACAUUUUCGCCGACAAUAGCUUCAUUAAAGAAGACCCUCUAUAGAGUUUGGGAUGAUGGCAGAGGAGAUCUAAAGCAGAAAGGUCAGGCAGCAAAGCAAAGAGGCUUGCAAUUGUUCACUGCUACCAAAAUGGCAGCUGCUUAUGAAAGGCUAUUCCUUUGUUUAUCCAAUGAUGAAAAAAAUGGGGAAAAUUUCUGUCAAUAUCAAACUCCAUUACACUAAUUUAGGGGUCAUUCAGAGCUAUCGUUUUUGAUUCA